CUUCCCUGCUACCUUUCCUGCCGCAGGCACUGCGUAUGAGGUAGAUCGCCCCAAUUCUGUAGCUGGAUUUUAAUACCAGUGCUAUAGGAGGGGAGACUUCAUCUGAUGCCAGGGUCAGGGCUAGGGGGCAGCACAUGAUGCCAAUGCCACAGCUGGGAGCUCUGCACCUGAUGUAAUACUCGGACUAGGAAUACUGGAUAUUAAGCCUGUAUUGAUAUCCGUUUCAUAUACCUCUUUAUGUUCAGCCCUGUACGUUUUCUCCUUGAAGGCUUGAUUAAGAUAAAAAGGAAGCAAACAAUAUAUAUGUUAAUGUCAUUGCUCAGUUUACUUAUAAUGAUCACAUAUUUCUUAUUCAGCGAAAAAAAGGGACGAUAUGUGCUUUAAAAUACAUUCAUGCCCGUGCUCCAUAUAUAAACCAGAAUAGGAAAGUAGACACUUUUCAGCAAGGAGCAAAGUGGCCACUUGUUUGGGAAGUUGAUGGUUUGCUUGCUUCACAUUUGGACCCUAUAUUUUUGCUUUGUCUUUGACAGGAGCAUCUGUGAUGUGGAAUUGGAUUGUGAGCAAGUCUGAUCACUUUUUCCUCUGUGUUCUGUGCGUGUGUACGGUCAAGGGUUCCUGUACCGUGGGGAAAGCACGUAUUUGAGCAUACAAUUUUGCUGCUCCCCAAAUUCCUACUAGUCUCAAAGCAGAGCUACUAACCGAAGGACUGGAAGCUGCAGCCAGUUUUAUCAUAUCGACAUAUAUUCGUGUUCAUUUGUUGUGUGUUUGGGGCUCAUGGAGGAAGGGAGUUGAAGAAUGAUCUGCUUAGAGAGACCUGUCUAAAAUGUUGCUUUUGAGGGAAAACAUUUCACUUGGCACCUGCUCUCCAAUGGCUAAUAGCAUCACCCCCUUCCCCCAAACGUAGCCGUUCUUCCCCCAUUUGCCUUGGAGAGCCCUUGGCCUAGGUUUGCUGUCUCCUCCUGAGCAGUUUCCUAGAAAAGAGGGGGAGAGACUAACAUAGGUUAUAAAGUACACACAGGGAACUUGAGGUGAGGGCGCUGCUGCUACAAAUAGGAAAGCACAUCAACCUGAGUUUACUGAAAAUGCAUCCUACAAAAGAAUCUUAAUGAGAGGGGAUGGGAAAUUGCUCCCCUAGGAGGGCUACAGUCUGCCUUCAGUUACAUCCCCGCUAUGCCAGGGACUGCAAUAUGCCAUUGUUCUCAGCGGAGUUGCACAGUUGAACUGAGGGCAGAAUUUGGUCCCUGGUAAUCAAGGAUGAAAUGCAAAUUUUUUAAUAAAUUGUAAAUCCGGAGCAAUUCCAGUGAACACUCUGGGGUUACUCCUGAAUUACACCGAUGUAAAAGUAGAAUUUCGUCAAUGAAAACCUCGGCGUUCAGACUAAUGAAAGGGACAAAACGACUCGAAGGUGAACGGUCUGCACUGUUUUCUAAAACUCUGGCGGCUGCUGGUUUGUGACACAAAGUGCUUUUGAAAAAUUUUAAAUAAUAUAUCUUCCCCUCGCACCGAUUCCUUUGCUGAUCCGCUUUAUGGGGAGAUUGUACGAGGGCGAAGUGGGUAGCUAAUGGGCUUUCUCACAGCAGGUGCAACACGACUAUUGGAGCUGUGCAUUGAGGUUCACUCGAGGCUCGGAUUGGCUGCUGCUGCUGCCCCACCCAAGAUCGUUUCCAGAAAAAUGAUAGGGAAGAACGGGGAUAGACCAGCAUCUCUUUAGCCCUUUCCACUGAAAGCUGAGUGAGCGACAGGAUCAGCCUGUGAGAUUGAUUACCCAAGACUUCGGGAGAGGAAGCCGAGAAUCUCCGGAGCGCCAGACUUUAGUCCCGCAGCUAAAGGCUGGGAAAAUGCUAGCAACCUUGGCAGCGCUCUUUCUGUGGCUGCGGGUCAGCAUAGGGGUGCAUGGUGCUCCCUGCGAGGCUGUGCGCAUCCCCAUGUGCGAGACCAUGCCCUGGAACAUCACCAGGAUGCCCAAUCACCUGCACCACAGUACCCAGGAGAAUGCCAUCCUGGCCAUCGAGCAGUAUCAAGAGCUGGUGGACAUCAGCUGCAGCCAGGUGCUCAGCUUCUUCCUGUGCGCCAUGUAUGCCCCUAUCUGCACCCUGGAGUUCCUCCACGACCCCAUCAAGCCCUGCAAAUCUGUGUGCCAAAGAGCCCGCGAUGGAUGCGAGCCCAUCAUGAAGAGGUACAACCACAGCUGGCCCGAAAGCCUGGCUUGCGAUGACCUGCCUGUGUACGACCGAGGGGUCUGCAUAUCUCCUGAAGCCAUAGUCACCGAUGUCCCUGAAGAUGUGAAGUGGAUGGAUUUUACUCAAGAUGUAAUGGUCCAAGAAAAACCUCAUGAGUCUAAUUGCAAGAAUCUAAACCCUGCUCGAUGCAAGUGCCGGAAGAUAAAGCCUACCCUAACAACAUACCUGACCAAAAACUACAGCUACAUUAUUCAUGCUAAAGUAAAGGGAGUAGAGAGAGGUAGCUGCAAUGAAAUAACUACAGUGGUCGAAGUGAAAGAGAUAUUUAAAUCUUCAGUGCCCAUUCCUCGGUCUCAAGUGCCUCUUCUUACUAAUUCAUCCUGCCAGUGUCCACAUCUUCUCCCAAAUCAAGAUGUUCUCAUUAUGUGUUAUGAAUGGCAUUCAAGGUUGAUGCUUCUUGAUGGAUGUUUAGUUGAAAAAUGGAAGGAUCAGCUAGAUAAAAGAUAUAAGAGGUUGGAACAGAGACUGCAGAACAAAAGUGCGAACAGCCCAUGAUAAAAAUAAGAACGUUGGACCGCACUGGUCGAGUGGUGCACUACAAAACUGAACACUAAGAACCCAGCCCAGUGCUGGGGACCCCCAAAAAAAAACCCACUAAAAUAAGAAAUGUCAAGAAAGAAGCAACCCCCCAAAAAGUAUGAGUUAUGAAUUUCUCUAAGAGAAGACUUUCUUGCAUGAUGAGGUGUCACAAACUGGCUUGAGUGGCAUGUGUAUUACUUCCAAACUCAUCAACUGAGGUAUGCUGCAUAGACAAUUUUUUGUAGCACUUACUUUUAAAUGUUUGCUUUUUAUUUUAAGCCACUGCAAAACCAUAGAUUGUGGGUUUGCACUGAUGUGUGGUAGGCAUAUUAAAGCUGAUUGAUGCGCUUAUCAUAUUCAGCAGCAGUCGAACGCAUAGUUUACCAAAAAGCAUCGGGAUAUGCAUUAUCCAAUUUUUUGUGUGUGCCAUAAAUAUCUUUCACUAUUAGGGUUUGAACUGUGUGUGUUUGUGUAGCAAAAAACACAUCGCAAGGAAACUUUAUUUUUAUUGUACUUCAGGCUGGCUUCUGUUAUAACUUUAAAUAUAUUUAAACAUUUAGAUGAAAGAUCAAUUUUUUAAAAGGAACAAAUUAAAGUGAAACAAAACCAUAGAGUGCUUAACAGUAACAUUUACACGUUUGCCAUUUGCUGAAAUAUGGCUUUGUUAUGAAAAGUGAUUUAAAACAACUGGAAGGAAAAUAUUAUUGUUACUGUAAACAUGCCCUUCAGUUACUCUGUAGUGCAGAUGUUAAAACAUUCAAGAGAGGGACUAGUGUAUCUCAGGAGUAAAGUGGGCAAUUAACCAUUUUACCACUGGAGACCUGAUUUUAAAUUCUGCUUAGAUCACACAAGCAAAUGAGAUUGCUAUUCCCUGUUCAUAAAUUCCUCUACACUACUACACAGUUUGGCACAACUGGAAGGCACUUGUAUUGAACAACGUCCAGGACAACGUUGAUGCAGCUACUCAUGUGCUUAUGGAUAAGCAUGUGCUUAAAUGCUUUGCUGGGUCAGGGCUUAAAAUUGCAAAGGUGUGAGGUAACUUAAAUAUGAGGUACAUUGGCAAAACUCUGUGGUGCAGUUUACGCUGCUCCUGACUGCAUUUUACCUGGCUCAAGCCAUUGCUACUAUUUUUUGCUAACACCUAUUUAAUGCCAUUGCCUAAUGAACAUUUAGCUGUGAAAGUUUCAGUACCCACGAGCUUUAAUUAAGGAGUUAGAGCUCACAACAAAUGUCUCAGAGAACCCCCAGAAAUCUU